UCUUCAUUCACCGCGCAACAAUGGAGGCCACCCCAACAAACCUCGUCCUCUUCCUUCUACCAUCCAUUCUUUUCAUCUCGCGUGCUCCUCACGUGACACCAGCCACCCCAUGCCCCCCUUGCGGCAACACCACUGUCCCAUUCCCGCUAAGCACCACCCCAACCUGUGGCGACCCCGCCUACAAAAUCCGUUGCACCACCAACACCCUCCUUUUCGACACGCUCAACAACUCCUACCCGAUCGAGUCCAUAAACCCUAAGUCCCAGCGUCUCGUGAUUCGUCCGGCACCGCUCGUGCCGAACACGUGCAUCACCACCGACAAGAUUCACCAAGGGAUCCAACUCAACAACACUCUCCCUUUCAACAUCACAAGCUCCAACACCAUUGUUUACCUCAAUUGCACCCAGGCGCUUCUUUUGUCGCCGCUUAACUGCUCCUCCUCCAGCCUCUGCCAUACCUACAUCAACGCCACCGCCUCCGCCUCCGUUUGUAAUAACGGACUGCUUUGUUGCACGUUCCGUACCGGCGGGUCCAGUAACUCCUACCAGAUUCGGGUUAGGGAUGUUGGUUGCAGUGCCUAUUCGAGUUUUGUGAACUUAAACCCGGAUCUUCCGGUGAACCGGUGGCCCCAACCCGGUUUGGAGAUCCAGUGGUUGUUGCCUAGGGAAACGGUUUGCGCAUCGCAGAAGGAUUGUGAUUCUGCCACGUCGGCGUGUGGACUAGAUCCUAGCUCUGGGAGUGGGAUCAAGAGGUGCUUUUGCAUCAAUGAUCUUGUGUGGGAUCCCAUUGAUGGGGUCUGCACGAAAAAGGCUACUUCUCACGAUCCCAAUGGCAGUGGCAGAAAUAGAAUAACAGUAGCAGCACAUAUUGUAUAACUAAACGG